CCUCCCCACAAUCUCCUGCCAGGGAAGGGAGAGUCCCUUCAGGGCUGGCUCUGUCCCCUUCAUCCUCCCCUGUCUGCCUCUCCUCAGCCCUUCCUCCCAGGCCUUCAUCCUGUCUUCUUCCAUCCUUCUCCCUUUUUCUGCCUUCCCUGUUCUCCUGCCUUAGUCUCCCUCAUCCUAGCUGGUUCUUUUUCUUUGUUUUGCCCUUCUGGCUUUGUGUUCAGGAUCCCUCUCCUUGUCCAAGAUCUCUGGCCCUCCCCUACCCUUCUGUCUCUGAUUUCCUUGCAUGUCAGACCCCCGGGGCGGUUACUCUUUUGGGGGGGCCUCCCACCUCCUGCAGUCUGACACUCCCACACCUGCCCUCUGGAGCCCUCCUCCCUUUAGAGAACUCUCAGCUCUGACUCCUCCUUGGUCCCUCCCCCUGCCCUGCUAACCUUUAAUUGAGAUGCUAAUGAGGCUUCUGUCACUUCCAUCCCAGCCUGCUGGGCGGGCUCCCUGGCCUGGCCGCUGCACCUGUCAGGUGAGGGGGAGGAGAGGCUCAGCUGCCAGAUUCAACUGGAAAGGAACCAGUACCAGUCCAGCCACAACCUGGGAGCUGGGAGCAGGAGGCAGUCCAAACCUCCUGGAGCCCUGCAGUCCCUGGGACGGACACAGCCCAGGGCCAGGGCCAGAGACGAGGGAGAGAACCCACUUAGUUCUAGAGGGAGCAAGGCGGGGAGGAAGAGGAAGAGAGGCAGGACCAGAGAGCCUGGCACACAGACAGGAGACAGGCAAGGAAGACGAGAGCUGAGAAAAGACUCAAAGAGAAGCAGAAAGCAGAAAGAGAGAGAGAGGAGCUGGGACAGAGAGGUCCUGGAGGAAGGAGACUAAAGAUAGACUGACUAAGCAGGGCAGACUGACAGCUGAGGAGACAGAAAGGGAGGUGCUGGAACAGAACCCCAAAGGGUGGCUUCUCAGGCAAGCCCAGCUGCAGGUCUCCUGGCCCGGACUCCAGCAGGCUCAUGAAAGGAGAGCAGCGCGAGGAGCAGGGGCCAGGCCCCGAGCCUGCGGCCCCCCCGCAGCCUAAAGAGGAGGAGGAGGCCCUGAUUGAGUUCCACCGCUCCUACCGAGACCUCUUCCAGUUCUUCUGCAACAACACCACCAUCCACGGUGCCAUCCGCCUGGUGUGCUCCCGGCACAACCGCAUGAAGACGGCCUUCUGGGCUGUGCUCUGGCUCUGUGCCUUUGGCAUGAUGUACUGGCAGUUCGGCCAGCUGUUCGGGGAGUACUUCAGCUACCCUGUCAGCCUCAACAUCAACCUCAACUCGGACAAGCUCGUCUUCCCCGCCGUCACCAUCUGCACCCUCAAUCCCUACAGGUACACGCAAAUUAAAGAGGAGCUGGAGGAGUUGGACCGCAUCACAGAGCAGACGCUCUACGACCUGUACAAAUACAACUCCUCUACCACCCUGGGGACCCACCCCCGCGGUCGUCGCGACCUACAGGAGACCUGGCCACACCCCCUGCAGCGCCUGUGGGCCCCGGCCCCGCCCUCCGGGGGCCGUGGAGUCCGCAGCGCCGCCUCCAGCAUGCGGGACAACAACCCCCAAGUGAACAGGAAGGACUGGAAGAUUGGCUUCCAGUUGUGCAACCAGAACAAAUCGGACUGCUUUUACCAGACAUACUCGUCAGGGGUGGAUGCGGUGAGGGAGUGGUACCGUUUCCACUACAUCAACAUUCUUUCCCGGCUGCGGGACACUUCUCCAGCCUCGGAGGAGGACAUGCUGGACAACUUCAUCUUCGCCUGCCGCUUCAAUCAGGCCUCCUGCAAUCAGGCGAAUUACUCCCACUUUCACCACCCAAUAUAUGGGAACUGCUACACUUUCAAUGGCAAGAACAACUCUAACCUCUGGAUGUCUUCCAUGCCUGGGAUCAAAAAUGGUCUGUCCCUGACUCUGCGCACGGAGCAGAAUGACUUCAUCCCGCUGCUGUCCACAGUGACUGGGGCCAGGGUAAUGGUGCAUGGGCAGGAUGAGCCUGCCUUCAUGGACGAUGGCGGCUUUAACUUGAGGCCUGGUGUGGAGACCUCCAUCAGCAUGAGGAAGGAAGCCCUGGACAGACUUGGGGGCAACUAUGGUGACUGUACCAAGAAUGGCAGCGACGUCCCUGUGGAGAACCUUUAUCUUACCAAGUAUACACAGCAGGUGUGUAUCCACUCCUGCUUCCAGGAGAGCAUGAUCAAAAAGUGUGGCUGUGCCUACAUCUUCUACCCUUUGCCCAAGAACGCAGAGUUCUGUGACUACAGGAAGCAUAAUUCCUGGGGUUACUGUUACUAUAAGCUCCAGGAUGCCUUUUCCUCAGACCGCCUAGGGUGUUUCACCAAGUGCCGGAAGCCCUGCAGUGUGACCAGCUAUCAGCUCUCUGCUGGUUACUCACGAUGGCCCUCAGUGACAUCCCAGGACUGGAUCUUCCAGAUGCUAUCCCAACAGAACAAUUAUACUAUCAACAACAAAAGAAAUGGGGUUGCCAAACUCAACAUCUUCUUCAAGGAGCUGAAGUACAAAACCAAUUCUGAGUCUCCCUCUGUGACGAUGGUCACCCUCCUGUCCAACCUGGGCAGCCAGUGGAGCCUGUGGUUCGGCUCCUCGGUGCUGUCUGUGGUGGAGAUGGCUGAGCUCAUCUUUGACCUCCUGGUCAUCACAUUCCUCAUGCUGCUCCGGAGGUUCCGAAGCCGAUACUGGUCUCCAGGCCGAGGGGGCAGGGGUGCCCAGGAGGUGGCUUCCACUCCAGCUUCCUCUCUCCCCUCCCAUUUUUGCCCCCACUCAGCAUCCCCACCAGUCCCUGCUACCUCCCCAGCCUUGAUGGCCCCUCCGCCUGCCUAUGCCACUCUAAGUCCCUGCCCAUCUCCAUCCAACUUGGUGGGGGCCAGCCCCUCUGCCUAUACUCUGGGGGAGCCCUGAGGAAAGUGCCCUCCCCUCCCAAGGCAGGCGCUUCCCCUUGUGGGAGGAGACCAGGCUUGGCAGGAUUGAAGAAAGUCUUGGGACUUCCUCUCAGAGCUGCCUAACUGCCUUUGGUGUGGGGGAGGGAAGCAGGAUGGAGAAGGGGCUAUAGAAAUUGCCUAGGAAACAGGCACCAGGGAACCUGCCCAGCAUUGCCCUGGCUUCUGUCCUGUACCUUCUGGUCCUGCCUCUAGAAGACUCAGAUUUCCUUACCCAAGUGCCAACAAGUCUCCUUUUCCCUGGGAUAAGCCAAGCCAAACUUGGAGCUCAGACAAGGAAUCUUCCUAGGAAACCACUGGCGACCGGAAACAAAACACAAGCAAGGGCACACAAAGGCAUGCACAGGUUUCCUACCCAAAGAUGACUGAAGCCAACCCUAAGCUUGGCCACACUGCUUUCCAGUGACACAGGCAUUUGCUCCUCUUCUUGAACUUGAGUGGGGAACCCCACCCAAAAGCCCCCUUUGUUAGUUCUUGGGCAAUUCCCCUUCCCAGGGCAAGAGCUGGAGCAGACCAAUGUAGUAAAGGCGUAGCCAUUCCUAGAUGGCUCCAGGCCUCUUCCAACUUCAUCUAGCUUGUGCCCUCCAUGGAGUCAUAUCCCAAUGCCUCCCAUGCAUAUUUGCUCAAGCUAUUUCCUUGGCCUGGAAGCUUUCCACACCAUCUGGAGAACUCCUGUGUAACACUUAGGACCCUACUCAGACACCACUACUUCUGGGAAGCCUUCUGACCCUUCUUGUCUGCCCCAGAUUUGAUCACUUCCCUCUCCCCUGGGCUCCCAUAGCACAACACAAUGUUUCUUGGGGUGCCAAUGUUGCAUUAUACCUUCUUGUUCAUUUGUGUCUGCCUCCCCAGCUAGACUGUGAGCUCCUUGUGGUCAGGAACUGAGUCUUGUUCAUUUAUGUAUCCUCAGGGUCUAGCCCAGUGUCCCGCUUGGAGCAAGUAGGCAGGUGCUCAAUAAAUGUUUGUUGCAUAAAGAA